GUAUUGCUCGCCAGAAACCCAACCAGGCUGGCAGACAGUUGUUACCAUGCAACGAGCAGACGCUUAAGAAAAGUACUAGCUACAAAAUUGGCAAAAUUGCCUGCUGCUGUAUACAUAGCGCGCGUGUGAGUGUAUGUUGCUAACCUAGCUAGUUAGCUAGCCAUCAAUAAAGUUCCCAAUGUUACAACAUGGCAGACGGCUGGAGCACCGACACCGGAGAGGCUGCCUAUCGUUCCCGGGAUGCUGUCAAAAACCUUAGAAUUAAGAUCCGUAUUCAGAGAGUCACCUCCACAGCAGCCCUCUCCCAACACCUUCAGCAGGAGGUUUUGACUCAACAGGAGAGGGGAGGCAUUGAGCUGGACACCCUCAACUCACAGGCUCAAUCAGCCAGAAAUGAUGAGUAGUUAGUGGUAGGCUGGCAGGAGAAGCUGUUCAGUCAGUGUGUGUGUGCACAAUAUGAAGUGGGUUUGUUCCAGAGUGAGUCAGUAUGCCAGACUCCGCUGGAGAGACAAUACCACACAGAGAUCAUGGCUCAGGAGCGGACCAGGGGCAGAUGGAACUGCAGGAUUUUCACCUACACCGAUUCUGACUGCUACACCAAUUGGGAAGGGCAUUCCCAGAGUAUGGUGACGCAGGUCAAGUCCAAUCCUUCCUUACUGGCACAUAGAAUGGCCAAUGUCAGACACAGACGACAGGACAGACGCCCAGUUGACCGCACCAUCCCCAAGUCCAGGCUGAUUACCUGGGACCCCUCGGAGGACUUUGUGAAGACCAGCCACAUGGUCAACACACCUGUACAGACCAUGCACAUCAUGGGGAACCUGGGACCAACGGGCAAACUUGGCCAAAGGGAGAAGGUGCUUGUCUGCACGAUAAGAGCAGAUGGAAAUGGAGUGUUUACCAUCAAACCAGACUUCAACAAAGGCAAGGAGCCCUACAGGCCAGUUGAGACGGAGGGGGAGAAGAGGGAGGUGUGGCGUGUAAAGAUGCAGAAUGAUGGUCAGGACAUCAAUCAAGAGGAGAGACUGAGGGACAAAGACAUGGCUAGGGAGCUGUAUGUACGUCAUAAAGACUACCUCAACAGCUUGGUCGGCCAGGACUUUGAAAUGCCACCCCCUGGAAUUCUGCGUCUGUUGGUGAAUGGAGAAAUAGACUCAGCCAAAGGCUUUGAAUAUGACAACUUAUACGUCCACUUUUUCCUGGAGCUGCCCCACAAUUGGUCCACUCUGCCAUUCCACUCUCUCUCUGGCGUGACUCAGACAUGUCGCACAAAGACCAUAGGAAAGGACGACGUGGCUUUCUUCAGCUACCCAUUCAGCUUUGAGUCAUUCUUCAGGAGAGAGGAUGAGACAGAGGAAUCCCUCCCCCAAUGGCCAGUUCUGUACUUCAAAGUCCUCUCCCUGGACUUCUGGCAGCGCUACAGAAAUGAAGGCUAUGGCUACCUGGUCAUUCCUUCCACCCCUGGGAAGCAUACAAUAACAUGUCAUACGUGGAGACCGCUCCAGACGGGAACAGUGUCAGAACUGAGACGCUUCUUCAUUGGUGGAUCCCCUGAGCUGGAGGACUACAGUUACGUCAGAGUCCCAGGAACCUUCAAGGGAGAGCGGCUGAGUCGCUUUGGCUUCCGCACACAGACCACAGGCAGCGUCACCUUCAACCUCCAUUGUAUCCAGCACGCCAGGGCAUUUGUUGAUGCCAGCACCCUGAAGAAGAGGAGGCAGAGUGUUCUGGACCAGCUGGGAGGCUUCAGUCAGCAAGGUUCUGUCUAUAAUGUCCUGGAGGCAUUCCAGAGGGCCAGGAGACGGAUGCAGGAGGCCAGAGAGAGUCUUCCCAGAGACCUCAUAAACACUACAGCCCAACAAAACUCUGAGUCCACUGCAUAGACAUGUACAUGGUUUACAUACAGUAGGCAGCACAGCAUUCACCUGUAAGAAAAUGCUGAGGAAAUUCCAUCUCCCUGUUCAACAGCCGUCUGUUUAUGUUCUGUAAUAUUGUAAUUAUUACUAUGCAUGUACACCUGUAUAGACUGAAUAUAUCAAACAUUAGGAACACCUUGGACCACCCCCCUUUUUUACUGAGACAGCCUAAAUCUGUCGGGGCAUGGACUCUAUAAGGUGUUGAAAGCAUUUCACAGGGAUGCUGGCCCAUGUUGACUCCAAUGCUUCCCUCAGUUGUGUCAAGAUGGCUGGAUGUCCUUUAGGUGGUGGACCAUUCUUGAUACACACGGGAAACUGUUAAGCGUGAAAAACCCAGCAGCGUUUCAGUUCUUGACACAAACAAGUGCGCCUGACACUACCAUACACCGUUCAAAGGCACUUAAAUAUUUUUGUCUUGCCCAUUCACAAUCUGAACGGCACACAAAUAUGAUCCAUGUCUCAAUUAUCUCCAGGCUUAAAACUUCUUUAACCUGUCCCCUCCCCUUCAUCUACACAGAUUUGAAGUGGAUUUAAAAGUAACAUCAAUAAGGGAUCCUAGCAUUCACCUGGUCAGUCUAUUCAUGGAAAGAGUAGGUGUUCUUAAUGUUUUGUAUACUAAUUUUAUAUGUGCUUCUGAUGCAGUAUUUUAAGAGCGACUUUAUAGCGCGGUGUCAGAUGAUAAAGUAUUUUCCAUGUUUUGUUAUCAUAGUUUGUCAAUUGAUUUUAUAAUAAAGCUGAGAUAUACCUA